CGGGUGGCCGCCUCGCACGCCCGCAGCCCGUAUCCCCGUACUGUCUCCCUGAAAAGAUUCCAAGCAAAGAGCGGGAGAGACGAGUUCGUGGCAGAUUAACAGUGUUUGAAAGAGGACAUUGUUGUCAUCAUGAAUGCUAAUAAAGAUAAGAGACCAAAGUCCAGAAGCCAUGUUGUUCACCUUUUUCAUGCCUUGAUGAUGCUAAGUAUGACCGUCCUGUUUAUUCCAGUCACUGGAACUUACAAGCAAAAUAUCCCACGGCUCAAGCUAACUUACAAAGACUUGCUGCUUUCAAAUAGCUGUAUUCCCUUUUUGGGUUCAUCAGAAGGACUGGAUUUCCAAACUAUUCUGUUAGAUGAGGAGAGGGGCAGGCUGCUCCUGGGAGCCAAGGACCACAUCUUCCUGCUCAGUCUGCUUGACUUGAACAAAAAUUUUAAGAAGAUAUAUUGGCCUGCUGCAAAGGAACGGGUGGAAUUAUGUAAAUUAGCUGGGAAAGAUGCCAAUACAGAAUGUGCAAAUUUCAUCCGAGUACUUCAACCCUAUAACAAGACUCACAUUUAUGUGUGUGGAACUGGAGCAUUUCAUCCAAUAUGUGGAUAUAUUGAUCUUGGAGUCUACAAGGAGGAAGUUAUGUUCAAACUAGACACACAUAAUUUGGAGUCUGGCAGACUGAAAUGUCCUUUUGAUCCUCAGCAGCCUUUUGCUUCAGUGAUGACAGAUGAGUACCUCUACUCUGGAACAGCUUCUGAUUUCCUUGGCAAAGAUACUGCAUUCACGCGGUCCCUUGGGCCUACUCAUGACCACCAUUACAUCAGGACUGACAUUUCUGAGCACUACUGGCUCAAUGGAGCAAAAUUUAUUGGAACUUUCCCCAUCCCAGAUACCUAUAAUCCAGAUGAUGAUAAAAUAUAUUUCUUCUUUCGUGAAUCAUCUCAAGACGGCGGUACUUCUGAUAAGACCAUCCUUUCUCGAGUUGGAAGAGUUUGUAAGAAUGAUGUUGGGGGACAACGCAGCCUGAUAAACAAAUGGACGACAUUUCUUAAAGCCAGAUUGAUUUGCUCGAUUCCUGGAAAUGAUGGGGCAGAUACUUAUUUUGAUGAGCUUCAAGACAUUUACUUACUCCCCACAAGAGAUGAAAGAAAUCCUGUAGUAUAUGGUGUCUUUACCACAACCAGCUCUAUCUUCCAAGGCUCUGCUGUUUGUGUGUAUAGCAUGGCUGAUAUCAGAGCAGUUUUUAAUGGUCCAUAUGCUCAUAAGGAAAGUGCAGACCAUCGUUGGGUACAGUAUGAUGGAAGAAUUCCUUAUCCCCGACCUGGCACAUGUCCAAGCAAAACCUAUGAUCCAUUGAUUAAAUCCACCCGAGAUUUUCCAGAUGAUGUCAUCAGUUUCAUAAAGCGGCACCCUGUAAUGUAUAAAUCAGUAUAUCCUGUUGCGGGAGGGCCAACGUUCAAGCGAAUCAAUGUGGACUACAGACUGACACAGAUCGUGGUGGAUCAUGUUGUUGCAGAAGAUGGCCAGUAUGAUGUAAUGUUCCUUGGAACAGACAUUGGAACAGUCCUAAAAGUUGUCAGCAUUUCAAAGGAGAAGUGGAAUAUGGAAGAGGUAGUACUGGAGGAGUUGCAGAUAUUCAAGCAUUCAUCAAUCAUCUUGAAUAUGGAGUUGUCUCUGAAGCAGCAACAGUUGUACGUUGGUUCCCGAGACGGAUUGGUUCAGCUCUCCUUGCACAGAUGCAGCACUUAUGGGAAAGCUUGUGCAGACUGUUGUCUUGCCAGAGACCCCUACUGUGCCUGGGAUGGAAAUGCCUGCUCUCGGUAUGCACCCACUUCAAAACGGCGAGCUAGACGCCAAGAUGUGAAGUAUGGGGACCCGAUCACACAGUGCUGGGACAUAGAAGACAGCACUAAUCAUGAAACUGCUGAUGAAAAGGUGAUUUUUGGCAUUGAGUUUAAUUCAACCUUUCUGGAGUGUAUACCUAAAUCCCAACAAGCAUCUAUUAAGUGGUAUAUCCAGCGAUCAGGAGAUGAACAUCGAGAGGAGUUGAAAUCUGAUGAAAGGAUCAUCAAAACAGAAUAUGGGCUACUGAUUCGAAGUUUGCAGACAAAGGACUCUGGGGUGUAUUACUGCAAAGCACAGGAGCACACUUUCAUCCACACCAUAGUGAAGCUGACUUUGAAUGUCAUUGAGAAUGAACAGAUGGAAAAUACCCAGAGGGCAGAGCAUGAGGAGGGCCAGGUCAAAGAUCUGUUGGCUGAGUCACGGUUGAGAUACAAAGACUACAUCCAAAUCCUUAGCAGCCCAAACUUUAGCCUCGACCAGUACUGCGAACAGAUGUGGCACAGGGAGAAGCGGAGACAGCGAAACAAGGGCGGCCCAAAGUGGAAGCACAUGCAGGAAAUGAAGAAGAAACGAAAUCGAAGACAUCACAGAGACUUGGAUGAACUUCCUAGGGCUCUGGCCACGUAGUUUUCUAUUUAAUUUAAAGAAAAGAAAUUUUUACCUGCAAAAAUACUGUCUUCUGUCGGGUACAUCCCUAAACUAACUCAUAAGAGCGUUCCGUAGAGUUGUUCUAAGUCACAAGAACAAUCAUCUGAAUAAGACUGUUAUGGCAGAUAUGGAAUUAAUACGGGCAAUUAAUUCAUCUGAACCACUUUUCCUACAACUAAACUUGUACCUGCAAAGUAUCAGAUUGUCUGCAAAAUAAGGGCUUACUCUUUGUGGAAUGUUCUGUGUUUGGAGUUUUUUAAUCUAAUACGGCAUGUAAAUAGUUGAGCUAAGCAAGCAUCAAAUUUGAUACUUGUUCUAAGGUGCUUUAUUUCCCUUGCAUGGCCAUCAAGGAUGGAGUUUACCAUACAGUUGUGCUGUAUGUUCUCACGAACAUAUACAUCAUUCCACUCUAGAACUGGUUACCUUGUAAUAGGAAUGAGAGGGAAGACACAAAUUCAUGCACUCACGUUAUCCACAGGAACUUUCCCAGUGAGCCAGCCAUUCACUCUCAGUGCAUGGUUUAGGAAUUUGGAGAGGUGCAUGAUUUCUUUCAGACCACAGGGCUUACAUUUAGUGUACUGCAGUGUUGAUUUACUGAAAGGUAUAGAUACUCUUUCUUCUCAGGAUUCCUUAUGACUUGUCAGGAGUAACAGUUUCACAGAGAGAAGUUGGUGCUUAGUUAUGUGUUUCUAGAAUAUAUGCUGAGCUUCACAGAGACAGAAUGCUUAAUAAAUGUUUUAGCAAGAUAGGGAAAGCACUGUAAUAAAAUAAGGGAAACAUCAUGAUGUAUAUUGCAUCCUAAUGGGAAGGCAUGCAGAUGGAAUUUGUUGAGAGAUAGCCAUAAAUUCUGGCCUUGGGGAAAACUCAUAUCCACAUAAAAACAAAGAACAAUCACAAAUGAAGUGGGUGAAAUGUAAUGUAGCUUUAUUCACUAGAGUAUAAGUAGCUGCCAAUUUGUAAUCCAUCUGUUAAAAAAAUUCUAGAUUAUAACAAACUGCCAGCAAAAGUCUGAGGAGAAGUAAAUUUUCUAAAGGAUCAUGGGAAGAAUGAACAGAAAUUUAUUUACAACCAAUGGGAUUUUAUUAUGUACUUUCUUUUUUCUAAGAAUUCAUAUACUCUGUAAAUUAUUUCCAUUGACUGCCUUUAUUCUCUCCUGAAUAUUAGAUUAUUGAAUUUUCUUUGACUGAAUAGUAAGAAAACACUAUAUACGUAGAGAGAGAAUUAGGUAAACAGCAGUGGUGGGGAGUAGGGAAAUAUAUUUGUUGAAUAACAGAACAAAUGCACAAAUUUUUAUAACGGAAAGGGUUAAAUUAACUCUUUGACAACUUUUCUUCGCACAGUCUUUUGCAUAUCUGAGAUUAUACUGUAAUUUGAGUAGCAUUGCUUUAGUAAUUUAAUAAGCCUACUGCACAUAAAGAAAGCAAACUCACAACAUUAACAUAAACAUUUUUUUUAUAUUUUGUUAGUACUUUCAAAUGUUUCCAAUUUGACUUUCCCUCUGAAAAUGUAUGGUGUGUUUCUGCCUGUUUGAGCAGGGCUCACCUUUCUUUCCGUCUUAAAGCAGAAAACCCUUCGCCUUCUUCUGUUUUGCCUUUCCAUGCCCUUUUUAGUGUGAAAUGGAAAAUUAGUCACUUCCUCACAUGGAAGGCAGCUUUUCAUAAAACUAAAUAGCAGACAUUGCUCGUUUCUCAUGCAUUCUCCAAGUCUUGCAAGAAAAGCCUGUGGGAGUUUGUAUGAGAAGCAACUUAGUGCAGAGUUCAGUAUCAUGUCUGUGACUAGCUUUAUGUUCAAAACCUUCUAUCUUACAUUCAUUUUAUUUGCCUUGCUUACCUAUCGCAAAGUAGUCACACUGAUAUCUAUAAGGUUAAGUACCCCUUUUGAUAUGAUGCUCAGAAAUAUUUGCAGAUAUUUCACUAUAGGGAAAACUUAAAGAAGAAAGCUUUUUUAAAAAAGUGAACCAGAAACAAUCACUCUUAAAAAGUAAUGCAUAAGAAUAGUGGUAGUAGUAUCAGACUGCUAAUUGAAUAUCCUAACAAGAGUCUUUAUAGCUAUUGAUUUGCUGGGUUAAAAAUGUUUGAGGAACUCAGCAAGCUCAAAGCAAAUAAAUGGGAGCAUGUUUAAUUUUUAAAAGAUUUCCACAUAUUUACAUAGCAGACAAUAAUGGUCAAGUUAUGGAUGGCUUUCAGAAAAUUGCAUGAAGUUCUAAUGUUAUAAAGGACUUAUGAAAAUAAAUUUGGUUUUCAUCAAAAUAUGAAUGUCCAAACCAUUUUAAAUUACUUCUUUCUAAUCUUAGUUGUUCAGACAAAAUUUUGGGGACUAUUUUACUUUAUAGCUAAUAUUCAGGUUGAUUUGGAUCUAAAACUAUUACUUUAUGACAAUUACUCAAAAUAUAUUUGAAAUAUUGUUAGUAAAAUAAAAUGUCAUAUAAUAAAAGCAUAUGGACAAAGAUUUAUGUGUAUUUAUAAAGACAGAGGACAUCUAAGUUAUGCUUAAUAUUUUAACAUUUUAAUUGCUUUAAAACCCUUAGAAGAACAGUGUGAAUAUAUUAAAUAUAGAGAUGAGACACAAUAUGUACUUCCUUAGACUAAAGGUUUUACCAACUUUUCAUUGAAAUAAUGAAAAAUUAAAUUAUAGUUAAUAACUUCAAAUACAUGUGCUAAGAAAUCAGGUAUCUAUGGAGAGGUCUUAAAUGUCUAUGUUUAUUCUUGGUUUCAUAUUUUUCUCCUUUGUUUAGGAUACAUCUGUCUUUAACUUCAUUCUCACCUGCAUUUUAUUCCAGUUAUUUAUGCUGCUAAAUGCAAUCCUGCAUGUCUGCAUUCAUUUACAUUCAAUUUAUUAGGAAUUUUAAGAGGUUGUUUAGAAAUGAAUAUGCUAACUAAUUAAUUUAUAUAGAAUCUUAUUUUUUUUCAAAACGAUGAAACACUACAUUCACAUUACCAAAUAAACAUUUUUGAAAACCAACCUAAUUCUUUAUGAGAUGCAAAAGUAGUCAUAGAGAAGUCUAGAAAUUUGUAAAGCCACAACAGUAGAAGAAUUAUAAUUUAUACCAAAUUUAAUCAAUCUGUUGGCUAAGUAAUGCCCAUUUACAAUAAGCUGCCUGAAAAAGUCUUACUCUCGAAUUUUGCCUCUGGUCUAUAUUUCAGUUCUUUAUAUACUAUUAAGUAUUUUUCCUGCUGAAUUGUAUAGACUAAACUAAAAUAAUAAGUUUACAGUGGCCAGUGCCUGUUUUGGAACAUUAUCAAAAAUUAAAUUUUCAAUGAAAUUUUUAUAUCACCCAGAUUGUCUGCAGAAUAUUGAACAAAAGCAUUAAUUAAACACUGAUAUUUUAAACUUAAAUAUAAGGAACAUUGCACAUGUAUCAUACAUACAAAUGGAAAUCAAAACUGAAAUAGCUUCUCCUUGGAAUGUUACAUUUGUCUUAUACAACAUGUUGGAACUGAUUGGAAUACAGUUUAGAGAACAAGAGAUAUUUGAAAUGCUUUUAUAGAAAAAUAUGUUUUACUCGAGGUAAAUGACCGCAAUAUUUAAAUAAUUCAGCAUACACAUGAGGUUAAAAAUAGGAUCAAAAAGUUCAAGAUUCUACACUUUGACAGUGUGAAGACAGGAACAUACACAUGAUAAUACCUCUCAUUUAAAUAUUUUGUAGUAUAACGUAUUUAUGGGAAGUUUGAUAUAGAUGCUUUUUUGGGGGAAGGGCAAGAAUCAGUUAAUUGUGUAAUUUAAUUGUGGUAUUGUAAGUGGUUAACAAUUUUGAAUUUAUAGUUUUGCUAUUUUAAAAGAAAUGUAGUCUUGUAAUCUAAAAUAAUAAAAAAUUGUUAAAUGUAUAUUUUGGUUGUAUUAUAAUAAAAUACAAACAUUACCGUUCUAUGGUUAUAAACAGAA